AUGGCCACAUCGAGAACCUUCUCCCUCUCCCUCUCCCUCUCCCUCUCCCUCUCCCUCUCCCUCUCCCUCUCCCUCUCCCUCUCCCUCUCCCUCUCCCUCUCCCUCUCCCUCUCCCUCUCCCUCUCCCUCUCCCUCUCCCUCUCCCACUUCCCUACCUACCUCCCCACGCACCAUGACAACCGGAGCAACAGCAGGGUCUGCACUUCAUUCCUAACAAUCCCUUCCCCCUCCUCUCCACCGCCCCCUCCCUCUCACACCCCGCCUGCGCGCAGCGGCGCAGAGGCAGCAGCAGGCGGACAGGGAGGCGCAGGUGAGGCAGUUGAUGCUGGUGCAGGUGAGGCAGCAGGGAGUGGUGGGGCAGGCUCAUCCUCACGGGGCAGCCGGCCAGUGGCAAGGUCCACAACAUGCCGGACAGGCCAGGUGCGUACCCGGUGCAAGGGUGAGGUGGGGACACUGAAAGUGGUCCACGCUGCAUGUGUGGGGAGGAGGCGAUGCUGUGAGCGAGUGGCUCAAUCUUGA